AUGGCCGAGGACCGGGCUGAGACAAACACCCAUAAGGCAGUAAAACCUGGAUCCAUUGACCUCUUCAAAGGAUGGCCCAAUCCUUCGCUCUUGCCUCCACGACAACUCGACCAAGCCUCUUCCAACAUUCUCAACGAUGAGGACAAGAGGGAUGUUUUAUUCUAUGCUCCGGAUGAAGGUUACCAUCCUCUACGAGAUGAAAUAGCCAAAUGGCUUACUUCAUUUUAUGCACCGCCUGAGCCCAUCUCAUCCGCGCGAUUAUGUAUCACAGGUGGAGCCAGUCAAAAUCUGGCCUGUGUUUUGCAGACAUUUACUGAUCCGUUAUAUACUCGCAAUGUCUGGAUGGUGGCACCAACAUAUUACUUAGCUUGCAGGAUUUUUGCAGACGCAGGAUUCGAUGGUCGAUUGAGAGCAGUCCCGGAAGAUGAGCAAGGCAUCGAUAUCAAGUAUCUGGAGCAAGCUCUUGAAGAAAGCGAAACGGCCGCUGUCGCCGAGGCUAACACAUCUCCGCGCAUCAAGCUACCCAAGCCAUGGAGAAAGAUCUACAAACAGGUCAUCUACGCAGUUCCUACCUUUGCAAACCCAUCAGGUCGAAUCAUGAGUCUAGAACGUCGUCAACAAUUGGUUCGACUGGCCAGAAGAUUCGAUGCCCUGAUUGUCACAGAUGACGUCUACGACAUGCUUCAAUGGCCAGCAACACCGACCCAAGGCUCCAUACAGCUGGACCGAGCCGUUCUCCCACGUGUCGUGGAUGUAGAUCGUCAACUCGACGGCGGACCUGCAGAUACUUUUGGGCACACGGUCUCCAAUGGCAGCUUCAGCAAGAUUAUCGGACCUGGGUGCCGCACUGGUUGGGCAGAGGGCACGGAGGCUUUCGCCUUUGGCCUUUCACAAACAGGAUCGAGUCGCUCAGGAGGCGCUCCAUCACAGUUGGUGGCAUCGUUCAUCUCCGAUAUGCUCGCAACCGAGACUCUGCAGAAACACAUUCUCCAGGAACUACAACCGGCCUAUGCUGAACGGUAUUACCGAAUCAUGGGUGCCAUCAAAAAGCACUUGUUACCUCUUGGCUUGACCAUGCCCCAGCCCAAUAAUCAAGUGGCAGGAGGUUAUUUCAUUUGGUUGUCCUUGCCGCCACCACUCGAUGCCACGACCAUAUGGAGACAUGCUCUGGAAGAUGAAGAUUUGACAAUAAUUUCAGGCCCAAAGUUCAAAGUCGAUGGUGAUGAAGAUAAUGAGUCAACCAAGUUCGAUAGAGAUUUUCGACUUUGCUUUGCAUGGGCCGAGGUUCCUUUAUUGGAAGAUGGUAUUGUUCGGCUCGCCCGUGUGAUCAAGGGCGAGCUCGACAAAUGA